AUGUGCAACAGCUCUCCAGAAUGUAUAGUGACUAACGCUGCCCUUAACACAAUGAAUUUCGAUGGAUCAGGAGGCGAAAGCAAUCAUCUGAAUAAAUCUUCUUCUCCUACUUCUUCUUAUUCAUCAUCUUCUACUUCUUCGAACGAUCAAUUGGAUGCAACACGCAACUGCACUGAGUGUUCUGACGGGAUCACAAAUGUUCCUUCAAGACCUGAUCACCCACCACAUGUUCCUACUGGUACGACUAAUGUCCUGACUUUUUAUCCGACAAUGGAAGAGUUUCAAGACUUCCGAGGAUAUAUAAAUAAAAUCGAGCAAUGUGGAGCUCACUUGUCGUGUGGAAUAGCAAAGAUUGUGCCUCCUCCUGGAUGGCAUCCUAGACCAUCUCGAAAAGAUGAUUAUUCAGAUAUGGAUGAUUUUAAAAUUCUUAGUCCUGUAGAAGAACAGGUUGAUAUUAAUAGUAAAGGCACCUUCCUUAAAGUUAACAAAGUUUAUAAAAAAUCUUUGACUGUGAAAGCGUUUAAAGAGCUCGCACAUACUUCCAAGUAUAGCGCUCCUCGUGAAAUGGAAAACCUCAAACCGGCUGAAAUGGAACGCUUUAUAUUCAAUCAGCUAACAGCCACGAAACCUAUAUAUGGAGCGGAUACAGAAGGCACUCUCUAUGAUCCUGAUAUCAAUGAGUUUAAUAUGAACAAGCUGGGUACUAUUCUAGAUGAGACUCGUGAAAAGCGGCAGAUAAAAGGAGUGAAUACAGUCUACUUAUAUUUUGGGAUGUACAAAACAUGCUUUGCUUUCCAUUCUGAAGACAUGGAUCUUUACUCUAUCAACUAUUUGCAUUUUGGAGCACCAAAGUAUUGGUUUGCCAUACCUCAAGAAUCUGCCGAUCGUUUCGAAAGAAUGAUGAUGCAGAAAUUCCCUGGAUAUGCUCCAGUCUGUCCGGCCUUCCUUAGACACAAAAGUUUCCUUGUAACUCCAGAAAUAUUACGAUCUAUGAAUAUUCCAUUUGGAACUAUGAUGCAGAGACCAAAUGAGUUCAUCAUAACCUUUCCCAAGGGCUAUCAUAUGGGGUUCAACCUUGGCUACAAUUGUGCUGAAUCAACAAACUUUGCCACUGAUCGUUGGAUCGAUUUUGGGAAGAAUGUCGUCUUAUGUCGUUGCGCAAAAGAUAGUGUCGAAAUAGAUAUGACGGACUACAUGCAGAAGUAUAGGGCAGAUGAGUUCGCUAGAUGGAAAGAGUACUGGUACACACCUAAACCUACAGUCGGUCUUUUACCUGUGAAGUGCAAAAUUAGAGCUCUUCCAUUGCGUAGCCGGUAUAUAGUUCGCAACCGUUCCAUCAUCAAAGAAGAGAAACAAUACGACGACGAUAGGAAAAACUGGAAGAAAUUAAUAUACCCAAUGUUCGCUAGUAAUGCUCCGGACUUGGAGUUAGAGAAAAAAUGGAAUAAGCAAGAUGCCCUGAAAACUCCUCAUUGUGCUGUUUGUUUCUACUUCAAGUCUAAUAAUGGAACAAAUCUCUCAGCUGUUCCUGACAGGUCUCGACGCUUGUUUCCUUUAUCAUGUUUCACAAAACGAGAUGAACCUCUCGACGAUGAGUUGGAAAUUGAGAAACUUUAUACAUGCUCGGUUUGCCAAGUUACUGUUCACCCAUCCUGCUAUGGAGGCGAAUCUGAACAAGUGCCUUGGAAGUGCUUUAGAUGUAGAGGAAAGACUCUAGCUCUUGUAGCUUCAAUUUCAUGCAUUCUAUGUGAGAUGCGGGGUGGGGCUUUACUCCCUGCUAAUUACGGAUGUGAUCCGGCUUAUGUACAUGUUAUUUGUGCUCUUUUCAACAGGCGAAGCUUUUUCGAUAAAAAGAAAGGACCAUCUCAUUGUUAUGUCCCUCCACCUAAUAAAUACGCACCCAGAUUAACAGGACUAAAACAUCUGAGUGCCGAAUAUAUCAAACUAGAGGGAGAUCAAUUUGAAACCUCAAAAUUUCAAUGUGAAGUAUGUGGAUAUGUCAGAGAAGGCCUUAUAAAGUGCUCAGUUUGUCCCGAUGAUUAUCAGAAGGUAGAAGAAAAGAAUAUGGUAGAUCCCGUAAUGGCUCAUGUAACAUGUGGAAAACGCGCCGGAUAUGUUUUCGAGUACCGUGACUUUCCUCAGUGCACAACGAUGGUUUGUGGCAAACAUGAUUACACCACAUUCUUCGGGGAUGAAGAAAAGUGCGAUAUCUCAGUAAAUUCAAAAGUAAUAGUUAGCAUUGACGAAGGCAAGCGUAUAGAGAACGCCGAACUUAUAGGAAAAGAUACAUGCCAUCACAUCGUAGUUGAUUUUCUUGACGGUACUAUGUCUGAAAAUGCAUUAGCUAAUGAUGUGGUAUCGUGUGAGUGCGUUGAUUGUGAUGGCAAAUAUCAUGAACCUGGGGCGAUGAUGAAAGUCAAAUGGCCUGAUGGAAAAGUGUAUGAUGCAUAUUACCGUCAUACUUAUAUAGGGCCCGAAUUCAAAAUUCGAACAUCGACAGGCGAUGUUGUGUUAAGCUACUCAAGCGAUGUAUAUGGCCCUGAUGAUGCUGUACCCCCUGAAGUUAAGAGGAGGUGUCAGAGGUUAUAA